AUGGCAUCCUCCUCCUCCACGUCGCUGCAACUCGGACAAGUAUCCAAGAAACUCACACGGGACAAUUAUGUCCUGUGGAAGGCGCAGUUCCUCCCUGCUUUUCGUGGGGCCCAGCUCCUUGGGAUCCUUGAGGGGAAGGUUCCUGCACCAAGUCCAAUCCUAGAGGUACUGCUGGACGGCAAGAAGAAAGUCUCCAACCCCGAGUACGAUUCGUGGGUGAGCAAAGAUCAACAGUUCCUCAGCUAUCUGCUGAAUUCCAUCACCCGAGAGGUGCUGGCAGGAGUAGCGACCACGACAACCUCCACUGAAGCAUGGAAGGUGCUGGAGGUUAUGUUCGUGGAGCAAUCUAGAGCACGGGUCACCAAUCUGCAAAUGCAACUGGCUACCUUGAAGGGUAGCCUGACGAUGGCUGCCUACUUCAAUAAGAUGCAGAACAUCAAGGAUGAACUCGCCGCCGCUGGAAAAUCCAUUGGCGACGAAGAGAUCUAUACUCACAAUUGA